AUGGCGGAGCCGGGCCCAGAGGAGGAGCUGGCGCACGCCGAGGUGCUCGCGUUCCAGGAGGGACUGGCCCGCCUCGUGCAGGACCCGCUGCUCUGCGAUCCCCCAAGGUGCACCUGGUGGUUCAUCUGUCUUUCACUUUUUGGACAGGUCACCGUGGAGGAAAUCAAUUCUCAGAUUGCGCUGGAGUAUGGCCAAGCCAUGACUGUGCGAGUGUGCAAGGCGGAUGAAGAAGUUAUGCCUGUCGUGGUGGUACAGAAUGCCAGUGUCCUGGACCUGAAGAAGGCCAUCCAGCGAUAUGUGCAGCUGAAGCAGGAGCGGGAAGGGGGCAUACAGCACAUUAGCUGGACCUACAUAUGGAGAACAUAUCACUUAACCUUUGCUGGAGAGAAAAUGACAGAUGACAAAAAGAAGCUGCGAGAGUACGGCAUCAGAAAUCGUGAUGAGGUCUGCUUUAUAAAGAAACUUCGGAAGUGAACUUACAGCUCCAGUGUUUCUGCCUGAAAAGGACUAACUCCAGGUUGUUACUGCAGCAGGACCAGCCUGCAGAUUCAGCAUCUUUCCAGAAGAGAAACUUAUGGCAUUUCAAAGAGCAAAUGCAGGAGGCAAUGAAAAUUCUCUGAUAGGUUAGUGUUUGAA